CUCACAUGGCGCGUAACCCCCGGGAAUCGAGACUUGCGCCCCGACUUGCGCCAUAAAAUUCCCUGGGGACUUUGAACAUAAAGGAGCCAGCGACACUGGUGGUGGAAAAAAAACUCACUUUCAUUCUUCAACAUGGUCUUCGGUUUCUUCGAAAAGCAGUGGGACGCAACUCAACUCCCCGACCUGUCGGGCAAGGUCGCUAUUGUCACUGGCGGAAACACUGGUAUCGGUUACGAAACGGCCCUGCAUUUAGCUGGACACAAUGCGAAAGUUUACAUAGCCGCACGUACCGAAAGUCGUGCGAAAGCAGCUAUCGAGAAGAUCAAACACGCGCAUCCCAAAGCGCAGGUCGAGUGGCUCCCACUCGACCUGCUGCACCUGAAGUCCGUGAAGCAAGCAGCGGAGGACUAUCUCAGGAAGGAAUCCCGUCUGGAUAUCCUUGUCAACAAUGCGGGCAUUAUGGCGCCGCCCUUUGAGCUUUCGGCUGAUGGGGUCGAGAUUCAGUUUCAGACGAACCACCUCGCUCAUUUCCUUUUCACUCACGCCCUCCUGCCUACGCUCCUCGCCACGUCGAAACAACCUGGCUCCUCGGUGCGCAUUGUGAACGUUGCUUCCCGUGCCCAUGAGAUGGCCUCUAAGGAUAUGCGCUACGAAAGUCUGGAGCAAGUGAACAAGGACUGGGGAAGCACCUGGGCUCGCUAUGCGCAAUCGAAGCUCGCAAAUGUUUUGUUUACCAGGAAGUUAGCGCAGAAGCUCGAGGGCGAAAAAAUAUUCGUGAACGCCGUUCAUCCAGGAGUCAUCGCAACUGAGCUAUCGCGUGGACCUGCGGCGUCCUACGGCAAGCUUGUCGGAACUCUUUUCGAUGGCAUCGGAGCACUGUUCCUGCUGACUCCGUACAAGGGCGCCCUGACGCAGAUCUAUGCGGCUGGCAGCACCGAGAUCGAGACAAAUAAUGUUCGUGCGCAAUACUUGUGGCCUAUCGCGAAGAUUGGGGAGCCGACAGCGCUUGCAAAGGACCAGGAGAGGGCCGAUAACCUCUGGAACCUCUCGGAGAAGAUUUUGACUGACAAGGGCCUCUUCUGAGAUCCUUCAGUUGAGAAAACGAGAUCUGACAGCGAGCGAAGCGAGCACUCCCCGUUGGUUACGAUAGAUUCCUUGCGUUGGUUCUUUGGGCUGAUUUGGUAGUAAUGGUGAUCUCGGACAUCUACACAUAGUUUGUACAAUAGGAACCUCACUUCGCUCUGUACGCCAUUGCAAUUAACGCCGGAACCCUCUUCCUUCAAGGCUCGAUCCUCUCGCUCUUCAAUCAGCCUCGACCGCGCGGGGUAAAUUUGAUGUAGACCAGAUCCGCGUUCAACGUGAU